AUGGAUGAGGCCUACCAUUGGUAUCUGGACUCCCUAAUUCGGCGAGCCUGCAAUAAGCUGAAACAGUUGGCUCAUGCCAUAGCCAUCGCCUCCACAGUUCCAGAUGAUGAAAAAGCCCAGCUCCCACGCAACCCCAGCACGACUCCGCUGUCAAAACGCAAGGCCAGUCGGGAGUUGGUCAUUCUAACGCCGGAUAACCUGCAGACCUGUUUGAGUCGCCUGCUACAGUGUGACGCUAAGCAGGCCUGUGUGAUAGAACUGGUGCGCUGCGCGUUCGCUGAUCACCAAACGGUUUCAGAAGGGGGGGGUACCGGUGAGAUCGUCCUGAUUAUCUCGCCAGAUGCGACAGUUGCCGUUGAGAACCUAUUCGCGAAGGCAAGUUCAUGUUCUUCCAGCGCCAAAUUUACGCAAAGAAUUUACUGA